GCAGCAAGCAGGCUGAACGCAGGGUCGUUGGCUCCUACAGGUGGAGCAGGAUGGCUCCGCUGAAGUUCUGUGCGAAUAUUUCCUGGCUGUUCACCGAGCUUCCAGACUUCAGCCAGCGAAUAUACGCGGCUGCCUCGGCUGGCUUCCGGGCUGUGGAGGCAGCAUGGCUGUACGACACCGACCUACAGGAGCUUCAAAGGGCCAGAGAGGCUACAGGGGUGGAGGUGGUCCUCAUCAACACCCCGCCGGGAGAUGUAAAGGCAGGUGAUCUCGGUCUUGGAGCUGUUCCUGGAAGAGAAGGAGAGUUCAGACAGGGUCUGGAAUUGGCUUUGAAGUAUGCAAGAGCUUUGGGCUGCAAAAGGAUCCACCUGAUGGCAGGGAGGAUUCCUGUGGGCUCACACAGAGCGGCAGUUGCCAAGGAGAUGGAGGCCAUCUUUGUGCAGAACCUCAUCUAUGCUGCUGAUAUCCUCUCAAAGGAAGGAAUCACUGGUUUGAUUGAACCAAUCAACACAAGGAUUACAGAUCCCAGGUAUUUUCUGGACUCUCCUCAUCACGCAGCUGCAAUACUGGAGAAGGUUGGAAAGCCAAAUAUCAAGCUGCAAAUGGAUGUCUUUCACUGGCAAAUAAUGGAUGGAAACCUGACACAGAACAUACACAAGUAUUUCCCCGUAAUAGGUCAUGUUCAGAUUGCUCAGGUUCCAGGCAGGAAUGAGCCGAACAGUGCUGGAGAGCUCAACUACAGCUACCUGUUCAACACUCUGGAAAAUCACGGCUACCAGGGAUACAUAGGCUGUGAGUACAAGCCACAAGGCUCCACAGAGGAAGGUCUGCAUUGGCUCAAAGAUUAUUGCACACACAGCAAGUGAUGAGCACGGGCGUCCACAAAGCUGCGUGCAUGUGCUCGUUUUACUCAACACAGUUUUUCUUUUUCCUUGAUGUAAUUCCAUGUAUAUACACACAAUCUUAACAAAGACGUCGUUGUACAUUUUGUUGAGAGAGACAAGUGGUUGGAUUCAGUGAAGUUUUCAUUCAAGCACACACAUUAAUUGAAAGAAGAAAACGGUUUGAAGGCUCAGACCGAUAAAGACUUAACUGAUAAAAAGAAAAACAGACUGUUGAACUCACGUGUGAUUACAUAGUUCAUCUUGAGCAUAAAAUGAUUCGUUUUCUCUGUAGCUCUGCCUCGACUGCUGCUCAGUAUGUAUCAUUAAUGCUGCACCAUGCAGAUCUCUGUCAGGAAGGCAUUGGAUAGUGUUCAGCAAAGCAUUCAUUCUUUGUUUCCAGAGACCCGAGCGGCCUCUUUGGCUCACUGAGGUGAUAAGUCCUAGCCUCUGUAGUCUCAUUAAUAUUGAACCCUCAUAGAUGAUUCCAAUGAUUCUGGUUGAUUAGAGCUCUUCCCAGGACUGUGUGGGAGUGUGCAGAUCGUGCUUGAUUGAUCUCCACUCGACUCUCACACAUUAGAUUAACUUACACUGAUGUCCUGCCCCCCUCUUCCUGUAACACACACUUGUCGUGAUUGGUAAUCACUGUGCUGUUUGUUGUGGAUGUUGCAUCACUAGAUGAACAGUAAGUGGACACAUCACAAUUCAAAGGUAUUAUAGGUCAUACAUCACUAAGGGAACGCAUAUUCCCACAACACUCGGCGCUAAUCCUGGUCAGCAGUAUGUCCAGUCUGAAGCUGUGUGCAUUCAGCACUAAAACUAGCACUUCACGUAAGGUUAACAGCUCAUCUGUCUAUUAUUUACAGCUGAGUUAUCACAUCAGGAUUGUUUCUCUAACUUUCCUGGUCUUUUAAUGCUCUUUAACGGAGGAAAUAACAUACUGUGAAUCACACUGAGCUGACAUCAGAUUCUCUCAGUCACCAGUGAGGAGCUGCAUGGCUAAAAGCUCAGUGAUCAUAACGAUUCAGUGAAGCAAAGCUGUUCCUCACUGUCCUGUUUCAGCUCUAUUACAUUCAUGGGAGAGAGCUGAACCAUGAUCAGCACUCAUGAUUGGCAGAGUGCUCAUGAUAUGAUGGUACUCAUGAUUGGUUGCCAUGGAAGUCCAGCAACAGACAGCACAUUAUUUCUGCAGCUACACAGUAGCAGUUAAUCUGAAGGUGGAGAACCUACAGCAUUGCACUUCAGUAAGAUGCUGAAAGGAGUGUCCCACUGAUUAUUGUAGUGUUGCACUCGUCAUGUCUUCUCAGUCUUGAUGGACAGUUAAAAAAAGAUUAGGAUUGAGGCAGCAGAUAUCGUCUUUUCCGCUCCACAUAUUCAUCCUCCUGAUGCCUACAAUACCCACAGUGCAACUCGACUGGCAACAGUCGAGUCAGAGAUUCAGGUGUGUUAUGCUGGUGUUUAACGUAGCCCUGAGUCUGUGGCCUUGGGCACAGAUGAGCAGCAGGCUGCAGAGGUCCGGUAAGCUCGUUACUUUCUAACCUCACCCCAACUGACCGUUUUCAUAUUCAGCUGAUCGACUCAAAAGACAUUUGCAGUUUUCCAACCACUGUAUUGUACUGUACAUUGUAGGGUUUAGAUGACUAGUGGUUCAGGUUGUGUCUUUGUUAAUCGUUAAUUGAUGAUAGACACUUUUAUUUCUUUCAUUUAUAUUAUCCCCAACUUUAAAUUGAUUUAAUCCUAUUGUAUAACAUAUAUAUAUAUACAGUAUUAACAUUUUUACUGUAAAAAAUAAAUUGUGAUAUUUCUGCUUAAAGAUAUGAAUCAUUUCUUUAACUUGUUAAGAUUCUCUUCAAUUAUAAUUAAAUUAGCAUUUAUUUUAUAUAUCAUUUAUUGUUGUUUUUCAGGUGCAUGUGUGUGUGUAAAAAAAGACAACAAUAAAAAAAUGUCCCUCCAGUGGAUUAAUAAAGAACUUCUUCUGAUUGUGUCGUGGAGCAGGCUGCUCACUGUGACCAUCUGCUCUGCCUUUGAUAGGAUGCUGAUGUUACUGCUGGUUGCAACAUUUGAUUGGCUGCAUCAAAAU